UCUCUUUCUCUCUGUCGAUCCAAAUCAUCUUCCUCACGUUUUUGUUAACAACCCAACAAACAGCAUCUUCUUCCUCCUCCUUUGAUCAAUCACGUCUUUGUGUUUUCCUCUUUACAUUUUUUCUUUCUUAGUUUGGGUUUCCACAUUUACUUGAGUUUUUGUUUGUGCGGGAGAGAUGUUUAAUUGAAUGUAAAUGGUAGACUAUUCGGAGGAAUAGGAUUCGUAUUGUGGGGUGGUUCCUCUUCCUCAGGCUUAGAUCUGAGGUUGCAUUUACGUUUUUCUGUAUUGUGUCAUUCGUCAUCACGUUUUGGGCUUCGGCAAUGAGCGCGUCAAGGUUCAUAAAGUGCGUCACGGUUGGUGAUGGAGCUGUCGGUAAAACAUGUUUGCUCAUUUCUUACACCAGCAACACCUUUCCCACGGACUAUGUCCCCACUGUUUUCGACAACUUUAGUGCCAAUGUGGUUGUUAAUGGAGCCACGGUCAAUCUUGGAUUGUGGGAUACUGCAGGGCAGGAGGACUAUAACAGACUAAGACCUUUGAGUUACCGCGGUGCUGAUGUAUUCAUUCUAGCCUUCUCUCUCAUUAGUAAGGCUAGUUACGAAAAUGUUUCCAAGAAGUGGAUCCCAGAGCUGAAGCACUAUGCUCCUGGUGUCCCCAUCGUCCUUGUUGGAACCAAACUUGAUCUUCGGGAUGACAAACAGUUUUUUGUCGACCAUCCUGGUGCCGUCCCUAUUACCACUGCUCAGGGAGAGGAGCUCAAGAACCUAAUCGAAGCGCCUGCUUACAUCGAGUGCAGUUCAAAAUCACAAGAGAAUGUGAAGGGAGUCUUUGAUGCAGCGAUCAGAGUGGUCCUUCAACCUCCAAAGCAGAAGAAAAAGAAGAACAAAGCACAAAAGGCUUGUUCCAUUUUGUAAUAGCUUUCAUGGAGACCAAGAAGCAUUUUCAUGCCAAAAGGCUUGUUCCAUUUUCAAUUUUUGUUUUCUUUCCAGUGUUCAUUGUGAAUGCUGUCUCUUAGUUCCUUUUAAAACGAUUUGGGUUGAGUUUAAUUCAACUUUAUGUUUCAAUUGAUAGUCGAGAGAGCUAA